AUGACGCAAGAACAAGAACCCUUAUGGGUGUUUGACACUGAGAAGAGCAUGGAGUUUUUGGACGAAGCUGAAUAUGAUCGGCGAUUCGUCCCACUUGAUGCAACGUUGGAUGAGAUUAUCAAGUUAGUAUCUGGUGGAGAGCCUAUAGAUGAAGUGCUAAGCCUCAACGAGGCAUCAACUUUCAAAAACGAAGCAUCCAAGUCCAUUGGGAUUGUUCAUGGAAGUGCACUUAGCAUUGUCAAUAUAUUCAUGAAUCUGGAACAAUGGUCUGGUGCAUUCAUCAACAUUGUUUCAGAAGCAACAACUCUUGGAGUGUUAUACCCAGGGGAGGUGGAAACCCAUAAUGGAGCUUUGCAAGUGAUGACAGCAAAAUUUCAUCUUCCCUCCCCACUUUUCACACCUAGGGAGGUGAAAUUUGCUAGAAUUUGCAGACACACAGAUUCGAACACAUGGCUUGUGGCAGAUGUUUCUCUGGAAAGUGUGUUUCCAUUUCCUAAUCAAAUAGUACCACAUCUGCAGAGAAGACCCUCCGGCUGUUUAAUCAAACAACUUAAUCCUGGCUUAUCUAUGGUUACGUGGGUAGAGCAUAACCUGGUACCCAAUGGUCCAGUUCAUGACAUGUUCAAGACGCUACUCACAUCAAAUUAUGCAUUUAAUGCAAAGAGAUGGAUGUCAACAUUGCAGAGAUAUUGUGAUCAAACCAAGGGCAUGGAUGGAGAAGGGCUGGCAGUUGAAAAUAAAAAUAUGUUGAAGCUAUCGCAAAGGAUGGUUAAUUGCUAUGCCAGAAACCUUAUUGCAUGCAAGGAAAAUCCAUGGGUGCCCUUACCUAUUUCCGAUGAUGAUAAGGAAAUCUUUGUCCGAAUGAACACCAACUUGGAUGAUGUAGGGCUCCCUCGAGGCGUUACAAUAACAAUAUAUACUUCUGUUUUGUUGCCAAUCCCUCAAAUCACCUUGUUUGAGUUUCUGAGAAAUGGAAGUAACCGCAGUAAGUGGGAUCUAUUGUCUUUUGGCUCAAAUAUCAAGGAAGUCAUGAAAGUUUCUUCAGCUCGGGACACUACAAGUUCAAUUUCACAACUUAUGGUCGAGUCUCCAGCAACAAACAAGGCAGCAACACUUUACCUGCAAGAGAGCUUCAGUGACUCAGUGGGAUUGUAUGUGGUUUACGCGCCGGUGGACGUGGCAACGGCGCAAUACUUAUCAAGUGAGAAUGUUCCCAUAGUGCCUUGUGGGUUUGCUAUAAUGCCAGACAAGCCAAACUUCAUGCCUGUGGGUUUGAGUGAUGGUGGGAGUAUUCUCACCAUUUGUUUUCAGUUAGUGGAUGAGCAGCUUUCUUCUACGGAUUAUCUCCCUCCAAAGUCGGUGCUCACCGUACACAGAAUUGUGAGUAAGACAGUUUCCUUGAUCAAGGAUGCUUUACCAUGUAACUAG